AUGCCGGGAUUCGAAGGCGUGGGUGUGAUCGAAUCAGUGGGCGCAGGGGUAUCCGAGUUGCAUGUGGGACAGCGGGUGUUGCCACUUGGGAGUGCAGGCGCAUGGCAGGACAUGAAGGUUACCGAAGAACGCUGGUGCUUCCCCGUGCCACCAGACUUAACCGAUCAGCAAGCGGCCAUGGCAUAUAUCAAUCCAAUGUCGGCUUGGAUGAUGGUACGACAAUACGCGCCUAAUCCACCAGCAGUCGUGGCGGUCAACGCAGCCACGUCCGCUAUCGGCCAGAUGAUUAUCCGCAUGCUUAAUCGCGCUGGUAUACAGCCGAUAGCCCUCAUUCGGCGGCCCGAUGGCAAACGUCAACUCUCGGAUCAGCUUGACCUGUCGGCUGUGAUCUGCACAUCGGAAACCGGACUACGGCGUAAGCUAAGUGAGUUAAGCGGUGGCCGUGGCUUGGCAGUCGCAUGGGACGCAGUUGGCGGAACCGAGGGAGAUGAUCUAGUACGCAGUCUUGCCCCAGGCGGAACCCUUGUUCAUUAUGGACUCCUCUCCGGUAUACCCUUGUCAUACCGUUUGCGUGAAGAGUGCCCGGAUGCUCGAAUUGAACUGUAUCGGCUCAGAGACUGGAUCCACACGGCCAAACGCCAUGAGCUACAGCGUGCGUUAGACGACAUUUUUGAGCUAGUUAGGGAUGGUACCGCGGCGUCAAAGGUGGCAGCUGUGUUCCCACUUUCGGAUAUUCGGCAGGCGCUGGAGUGCGAGGCCACCCCGGGUCGGCAGGGAAAGGUGCUGCUAUCUAUGUCUAAUGCCAUGGAAGCUACUCACUACGAUUGA